UCAUGUCGGAUCUACGAGGUUCCCCGCCUCUGUCGAGGGGUGCGUUGGAGAACGGAUUUGGAGCACCUUUGGCUGCGCUAAGCUCGCUGGCGGAGGCCCCUCCACCGGCGCCGAAUCCGCACGGCAUCGAUAACAUCCUCUCCCGGCCGGCGGUGGGGUCGCAGGUGGGCGCGGGGCUGCUGGCGCCACGACUAUCGCUGGCGGCGGCGGCGGCCGGCAUGGCGCACUAUCUCCAGCACAAGCCUCUCUACUGGCCCGGCUUCCAAGGACUCAUCUCCAACCCCAUGGCGUGGAGAGACAGACUGCAAUCCAACGUCUUUGUUGCAGUGAGUAACGGGGCCCUGAGCGCCUGCGCAGCGCAGGCGAGCGGCGUAGAUAAGGAUGGCAAGAAGAAGCACACGAGACCGACCUUCAGCGGGCAACAGAUCUUCGCACUGGAGAAGACCUUCGAACAGACCAAGUACUUGGCCGGCCCCGAGAGAGCCAAGCUCGCCUAUGCGCUUGGCAUGACCGAGUCUCAAGUUAAGGUAUGGUUCCAAAACAGGAGAACGAAGUGGCGAAAAAAGCAUGCAGCCGAAAUGGCCACUGCAAAACGCAAACAAGAGGAAUUGGGUGAGGAAUGUGACGAUGCGGAGCCGCACGAUAACGAGGCGUGCAGCGAUGAUGACGAGGCGAAGCGGCCGAGGCUCGAGCUGCACCACCAGCACCUGCCUCAUCACGCUCUGCCGCAUCACCGCCAGUGAUCGCGUGCACCCGGUGCAGCCGACGAGCCCGCACCCACCCAAUUUCCGCGCAAGUUCGACGCUUGUGCCAGUGAUAAACGUGAAGUGAAAGACCCUAAAGAACUAGACGUCGACACUGAUACUAACAAAGACAGUGCUACCGCUCUCAACCUGGAUAAUGACCACAACGUAGAUUACUACAGUAAAGGAUUUGUCAAUUACAAGGACGUUUCUCGAAACGAAAAAUUCCAGUUUAACUACACACGGCCUAGUUUCAGCAAUAGCAACAUGGGUAGUCAGCACGGUGAUCGCAAUCUCGAGUCCAAUGUCAAUAAUAGUUACUAUUUCAAUAUGAAUGAAAUCUAUCCUGAUUAUUUGGUUCCACGAUCCUUUUGCAAGGAGCCGAGCAGUGAGGACGCACCCUGUGAUCUGUCCAACUGGCAGUUACGAGGGCUGAACAAGUUUGAACAGAGUAUGGCUGAAACCGAUCGAGAGAUUGCGAACACAAGCGGAUCGGUUGAGAGCGAACACGACAUGCUGAACAGUGAGCACAAUGCUGACGACAAUGUUCAACAACCAAUAAACUUCGCGUACUACCACUUCUAAUGGACUAUUACGAAAGCACUAUGUGAGAGUUGUAUUUUUAAUUAAUUUGUAAAUAAUUA